CGACGUGUCGACGUGUAUAACACACACUCCUCUAGACUGCAAAGCUAGUCCCUACGCCUCCUCACCUUCUUGCUCUUGCUGCGCGCGCGCGAGGAGAAACAGAGUUGGAGGCGAUGGCGGCGGCGUCGGCGGCGAAGGAGCUCCACUUCUUGCUGGUGCCGCUGGUGGCGCAGGGCCACAUCAUCCCUAUGGUGGACCUGGCGCGCCUCCUCGCCGGCCGCGGCGCGCGCGUCACGGUGGUCACCACGCCGGUCAACGCCGCGCGCAACAGGGCGGCCGUCGAGGGAGCGCGGCGGGGAGGGCUCGCCGUCGAGCUCGCCGAGAUCACCUUCACCGGCCCGGAGUUCGGCCUGCCGGAGGGCGUGGAGAACAUGGACCAGUUGGUGGACAUCGCCAUGUACCUGGCUUUCUUCAAGGCCGUGUGGAACAUGGAGGCGGCGCUCGAGGCGUACGUGCGCGCGCUGCCUCGCCGCCCGGACUGCGUCGUCGCCGACGCCUGCAACCCGUGGACGGCGGCCGUGUGCGAACGCCUCGCCAUCCCGCGCCUCGUGCUGCACUGCCCCUCCGUCUACUUCCUCCUCGCCAUCCACUGCCUCGCCAAGCACGGCGUGUACGACCGCGUCGCCGACCAGCUCGAGCCGUUCGAGGUGCCGGGCUUCCCCGUGCGCGCCGUCGUCAACACGGCCACGUGCCGCGGCUUCUUCCAGUGGCCCGGCGCGGAGAAGCUGGCGCGCGACGUGGUCGACGGCGAGGCCACCGCUGACGGCCUGCUCCUCAACACGUUCCGCGACGUCGAGGGCGUCUUCGUGGACGCGUACGCGUCGGCGCUCGGCCUGAGGGCGUGGGCCAUCGGGCCGACGUGCGCCGCCAGGCUGGACGACGCCGACUCCAGCGCCAGCCGUGGCAACCGCGCCGUCGUCGACGCCGCCCGGAUCGUCUCGUGGCUCGACGCCCGGCCGCCGGCGUCCGUGCUGUACGUCAGCUUCGGCAGCCUCACGCACCUCCGGGCGACGCAGGCGAUCGAGCUCGCCCGCGGCCUGGAGGAGUCGGGGUGGCCGUUCGUGUGGGCGAUCAAGGAGGCGACGGCCGCCGCCGUGAGCGAGUGGCUCGACGGCGAGGGGUACGAGGAGCGCGUCAGCGACAGGGGCCUCCUGGUGCGCGGGUGGGCGCCGCAGGUGACCAUCCUGUCCCACCCGGCGGCGGGCGGGUUCCUGACCCACUGCGGCUGGAACGCGACGCUGGAGGCCAUCUCCCACGGCGUGCCGGCGCUGACGUGGCCCAACUUCUCCGACCAGUUCAGCAGCGAGCAGCUGCUCGUCGACGUGCUCCGCGUCGGCGUCAGGUCGGGCGUCACGGUGCCCCCCAUGUUCCUCCCCGCCGAGGCCGAGGGCGUGCAGCUCACCAGCGACGGCGUGGUCAAGGCGGUGACCGAGCUGAUGGACGGCGGAGACGAGGGGACGGCGAGGAGGGCGCGCGCCAAGGAGCUCGCCGCGAAGGCGAGGGCGGCGAUGGAGGAAGGCGGGUCGUCGCACGCCGACCUGACGGACGUGAUCGGAUACGUCUCGGAGUUUUCGGCGAAGAAGCGGCAGGAGAGGGACGCCGGCGAGACCGCCCAGCAGCCGCCGCCAUCUCCGGCGGAGCUCGGAGAUAUUAGCGGCGACAAGGUCGAAGCAGAUCCUGCCUUGUCAGUACAAUCGUAGAUAAUACAGUGUGUUACUAGGUUACUAGAUUGAUGAUGAUGUAAUUAGCGCACAUUUAGGUUGUUACAUUAUUAAUUAAUCACGAAUUCGAAAACAUGUAUAACAAUUAUCCUCAAAAGAAUAUAACCUACUAUCUCCGUCCUAAAA